AUGCAGACGAUGCUUAGUGGCAAGGACGUCGCCAGUCAUAACACUCGGUCCUCCUGCUGGGUUAUAAUCGACGCCCAUGUGUACGACGUGACCACAUAUCUCGAAAAACAUCCAGGUGGCUCACAAAUCUUGCUGCAGUACGCUGGCAAGGACGCAACGGCAGUCUACCAACCAGUCCAUCCUAAGGGGACUCUUGAUCGAUUUCUCGAACAAGACCAACACCUUGGACCUGUUGACCCAACAACGUAUACUCCUACGACUCCGACCGAGGGUAAAAGUCGGGAUCAAGAUCCUCAGCAGCAACCCCAGAAGAUCGAUAUUCCACGUCUACUUUCUUUAUGUCUGUCGCUGCAUGACAUUGAACGAACAGCCGAAAAACUAUUGUCGAAGCCUGCAUGGAUCUACUACUCUUCUGCUGCUGACGGUCUUGGUGCUCUUGAGAAUAAUACCGUCGACUGGCGUAAGGUUGUGUUACGCCCACGGCUGAUGCGCAAUGUUCGGCGAAUUGACACUUCCCGCACUGUACUUGGCCGUCGGUUAAGAUAUCCUUUCUUCAUCGCUCCUGCAGCUCGGGCUGGACUGGCCAACGAAGACGGUGAACAGUGUUUGGCACGUGGCGCUGCAAGGAAGGGCAUCGGGUACUGUGUCAGCAGUGUUGCGAGUUUUCCGCAUAACGACAUCAGUCGUGCAUACUAUAAUGAACUCAAACAGAGUGGAGUUAAUAGCAACUACGGCGCAUUGUGGUUCCAGCUCUACAUUGCAAACGAAAAGACGGUGACCUUGGAGCGUAUCGAAGCUGCCAAGAAGGGUGGCUACAAAGCUUUAGUGAUCACAAUCGAUUCGCCAGUCAUUGGGAAGCGCGAAGAAGACGAACGAUAUCGUGCCGAGACCAGCGCCGAGAGUUUGUCUAGCUCAUUUUCGAGUGCUCAAGAACCACCACUAUCACCACCGGAGGACGCCACUAACGACGAAGGUGAUGGACCUCUACCUUUGCGAGGUGUUCACUCCUCAACUUUCCGCUGGGAUGACCUUAAAUGGAUAAGAGAAGCAUGGCAGAACUUGGGCCCUAUUGCUCUCAAAGGCGUUCAGACUGCCGAAGAUGCGGUAUUAGCAGUCGAGCACGGUAUUGACGCUAUAUAUCUCAGCAACCACGGUGGUAGGCAGUGCGAUGACACCCCGAGCUCAAUUCAUACUCUGCUGGAGAUACGGCGCUUCUAUCCAUGGAUUGUCAAGGAGCGAAAAGUCGAUAUCUUCCUGGACGGCAGCAUUCGACGUGGUGCAGAUGUUGUGAAGGCGCUUUGUUUGGGUGCCACUGCUGUCGCUUUAGGCCGUCCAUUCAUGUACUCGGUCUCCAUGGGCGAUGAUGGCGUCCUGAAAGCUAUACAACUGCUCAGUGACGAGAUCGAGACUACCAUGCGGCUUAUUGGUGCGACGAGUAUAGAUCAGCUGAAUCCCGCCAUGGUCAAUACGAAGCGAUUAGAGCUGGAGCUUGUUGAUAAGCUUGACGAGCUGCGGGUAAGGCCUCACAAACAAUCGAAAUUGUGA